UGCCGCUUACAUUCGACAAUCUCUCCGAUAUUCAGACUUCUAUCAUCCUCACGUGUGACGAUGACACGGUGCGAUGGGUCGCCAGCACCGCUGGUCAUUUUCUUAUGCUAAGCGCAAGCGAAUUUACAGUUCUUUCUCGCAACCUUUUCGAUCCGUCUAUUCACCUCACCUGUUCUGACUCACGUUUAAAUUGUUCUCUUCUGGCACGGAGUAUCUCUCCCUCCGACUUAUAAAAUCUUAAACGGAUCAGCGACGGCAGGAUUUUACCCUUUAUACUGCUCAUUCGCGACGCUCCGUCUGUGCUGGUUGCGCUAUGCAAAAGAACCUCGCUCUGCAUCAUCACUGUGGUAUCUUCUACAAGGCUACUACGCUCUUGUUUAACCCUUCCGACCAACGCCCCGUCAGCAAAAUAUCCCUCGUCUCCUUCAUCUCUCACUUACUACGCUAAGUCGGUAUUGACCCCUCCCACUACAGUGGUCGUAGUUUUCGAAUCGGAGGGGCAAAGUCCGCAGUCCCUCGCUGGCUUAACCGACUAUGAGAUCAAACUCCUAGGCUGA